AAUCUUAUACUUAACCCCGCCUCUCACUCAAAAUGGCGGAUCCUGGAGAGGUCCAGCCACGUGAUGUCCCCAGUAAUGCUCUCCCCUCGCUCGCUCCUCUUCCUCCUCCUUUCCAGCCUCCAGUGGAGGUCCCUCAGACUCUAAAGACUAACAAACCUGUUGGUAAAGUCCAGCCCUUCAAUCUCGACAGCAUAGAUCCUUCAGAACUUAGCCUCCCUCCUCUCCCUCCUCCUCCUCCUCCCUCUUUGCCUCCUCUUAAACACACUCCAGAGGAGGGAUAUACAGACAAACACUCUACCAGUUCCUCUAGCUCACCACCUGAUGACAGCCUCACUAUACACAACCACUUACCGUCACCAGCUCCUACUCUUGACCACACCUAUCUCCCCAGACACAAAUCCAUUCAUCUCUUCAUCUCUCACAGUACCUCGGACAUUCAGAUUGUUAAGGAGUCUCUCAUAGUCGUCCUGAGGGACUCUGGUCGCUCGGUUUUUGCUUGUUACCACUUCAUGCCGGACUCAACGAGAUACAACGACCAUGAGAUCAAGGACAGCAUGAGAAGCAGCUGUGUAGUAGCCAUUGGACUCUCAAAGGCUUACCUUCAUAGUGACAGGUGUAAGAGGGAAUAUGACUAUGCCCUCCAGUUGUAUAACAAUAAAGAUAUCACUAAUAUACUAGUACUGGCCUUUGGGACCUGCUCUCGUCCUCCAGUACUCAAAAGGUUUUUAUAUCUUGACUUCAUGGAUGCAACAAAAAGAUCGUCAGUUUGGAGCAAGAUGGAGGAAAACAUUGACAAAGCAGUUGCAGUAGCUAAUGAACAAUACCCAAGGACUGAAAGACCAAAAGAGAGAGAGUCACCAAAAAGUGGCGGGAGGAGUCCAGCUGCAUCUGAAGGAUCCUCGCCAGAAGAAAUAAUGGAGUACCAGGGAGCCUUUGAGGACGCACUGGUAUACAUGAAAGAGAAAGGAGAGGUGACGUCAGAUGAUGAGGACAAAUAUGGACACUAUAAAAUGAAAGAUGAUGAAUGGAUUGAAAAGGAGAGGGAGGGUGAAGGGGGUGUGGCUGAAGAAAGGAGUGACAAUGAUGGGUACACUAGUGAUACUUUAUACUAUCAAACAAGAGCAGGAGACUGGGAGACGGAGACAGGAUCAGAGGAUGAUAAAGUGGGAGGAGACAUUGAAGGAGAAGGUGUGGCUACUGAGGAAGUGGGCAUGGCCACUGAGAAGAGACACAAGAGGAAAAGGACAAGCAGUGACAUUGAAGAUGGAGAAGUGUCUGAUUCAUCUAGUGAAGACAUGAAUCCUCAGGCUCAGAAGAUGAUGAAAAAGGAUAUUGACCAAUCAGAUUAUGAAGAUGAAGAGGGUCUGGAACAGAGUGAAAAGGUUCAGAGAUUUUACGACCAAUUGGCAGCCCCUGGUGCCGACAGAAGAGAUGAAAGCCCCAUCAUAUACAUGAGAGGUUUCAACAAUUGGGUAAAGAGCGUCUUAAUUAGAACAUACUUACCUCCGUCUGCCACUGUCCUUGACCUGUGCUGUGGGAAAGGAGGCGACCUCAACAAAUGGAAAGAAGGAAACAUUCAUUACCUGGUUGGAGCAGAUAUAUCAGAGACUUCAAUUGAGAAUUGUAUUGGACGCUACAAUAGCAAUAAACUGAUGGAUAGGAGGACAAAGAAACCAGCGUUUGAAGCAGAGUUCAUAGUAGCUGAUUGCUGUCAGGUACGUCUACAAGAUGAGUACACUAACCCAGCCAGGAGGUUCCAUGUUACCAGCUGUCAGUUCUCACUCCAUUAUGCUUUUGAAUCUUUUGAGAAAGCAACGAUGAUGCUCAGGAACGCUUGUGAAAAUCUAAGACCAGGGGGCUAUUUCAUAGGGACCACUGUUGAUGCGAAUGAACUAAUUUCAAGACUAAGAGACCGUGGUACUCAAGACGAGUCAGGUUCCUGGUCUAUUAGUAAUGAUGUCUAUUCUGUUUCACUGGAUAAGGAGUUUGAUCCUCACGAUACAGAGGCCCCACUUCCUCUCUUUGGUUGCAAGUAUCACUUUCAAUUAGCUGGGGUUGUCAAUGUCCCUGAAUUCCUCCUGCACUAUCCUCUUCUUGUGGAGAUGCUUAAGGAAUGGGAUAUGAUUGAAGUACGACAUCAAAAUUUCUACGAUUUUUUCUCCGAACAUAGACAUAUCCCUGACGAUGCAUCACUCCUAUACAGAAUGCAAGCCUUUGAUAAGAGAACAGGUACAAUGUCAGCUCCUGAGUGGGAAGCCAUUGGAUUAUAUUUAAUCUUUGUAUUUCAAAAGAAAGGACCACAGCAGUGACACCAUGUAUCAUAAUCUAAUGUACAAUGAACUUUAUCAUCAUAAUGUCACAUGUAGAGUACCGAUAGCACUCUAAUAUUUAUUAAUCAGUUACUUGCAAUAUUGCUACUGAUCAGUGAUAUAUGAUAGUCUUGUGUCAAUCGUGUGAUUGUUUUUCUUUUCCAGA